AUGGCAGAGGUUAAGCGGUUGGGCGACCAGGGCAUCAGGGGUGCGUUAGUGCAGGUGGGGCAGACUCGACUCGAGUUGAUGGAACCGACUGCGGCUGACACAACCAUCGGACGGUUUAUAGAAAGGCGGGGUGAGGGCCUACACCAUCUGGCAUUCUACGUUUCAGACCUGCCGGGAAAGAUUCAGAUCGUGGAUGAACUGGGGCUGCAACUGAUUGACCAUGAACCUCGGGAGGGUCUGUCGGGCGACAUAGCUUUCAUCCAUCCCAGGUCGGUUUUUGGCAUAUUGACCGAGUUGGUGGAACGGCCCAACGAAUCAGUAUCCUAA